AUGCUAUGCACAGUGCGACCUCGUCGGGCCCGAGCGCGAGGGACUGGGCGGCGCCAUGGGGCCCCGGCGGGCGCGCCGCGGCGAGCGCGGGGCGCGGGGCGGCGAAGCGCGAGGCGAGGCUGGAGAGGUGCUGCUGGAGGAAGGAGGAGGCGGCGGCGAGGGGGUUGGGGGGCGAGGAGGGGGAGGGGGAGGGGUCGGACAUGGGGGCGGCCGCGAGCGGGAGGAAGGAGGAGGAGGAGUUGGGCGGCGACAUCGGGUUCGGCUGGCCGCUCUCGGUCGCGUCGGCUUCCGUUUACGGGCGCUCUGUCUGGUCUGGUGGUGGCGGCGUGCAGCGCGAGGCCGGUCGAGCCUGAGCCUGAGCACGGGCACGGGCGGGGCCACGAGCCUGAGCGCGUGCGCAACGCGCGUGAGCCCCGCGGCCCGCCGCUCCGGGUCGGACCGCUCGGUGGCCGUGACCACCAGCAGCAGCUGCGGCUGCCGCAGCGGCUCCAGCGCCGGCGGCGAGGGGAGGACAUCGUCAACUCCGUCGGCGAGGGAAUAGAGGUGUUUGUCACGGACAUGAGCCGGACUGAAGACAACAUGCACUUAACCGUCAGUCAGACUAAUAAAAUGCAGUUAACUGAAGGAGUUAGGUCCAAGUCAUUUCUGGCUGUAUCAUGUGCCACUGCCACAUCACGUUUUGGCUGCACCUAGCUAGAAAGAAUCAGAUGGCAUAGCCUUUGUAAAGAGAGGUCAACAAAGUGUGCAGGGAGGCAUGUUCAGAACCGUGUUUAAUUCAUCUAUCAACUUUACCCUUUGCUCUGUCCUUUGAAUCCCAGUAUAUCAUAUACAUGGAUAUCUAAACUAUUUGGUGUGUCACCAUUAGUGAGGAUUGUUACAAUUUGUGUUCGGAAUUGUGCCUGGUAUCGCGAACGUAGACAUGGACACAUGACAUUAGCUAUCAAUCCAUUUGUUUGGUAUUGUACUCUUCUCUCAAA